UAACACUCGGCAGCUGGCUGUCAAACGUAUCGAACGCCCUCGGUUCGCUCGCUGCGAUUCACCAGUCGACCGUGCAUUAAAAUUACUGAGUAUUGUUGUGAUUGCGUCGGCAUCGGCUUCGUGUAUGAACUGUGCUUCGAAAAUGAAUACAGUGUCGUGUUUAGUGGUUAAAUAACAAUGCCAAUUGUAAUGUACACUAGUGUUGUGCUGUGAAACCGUUGUUUGGUGCUGUUUAAGAUGACCGAGAAAAAUAAAUCGGAAAAGAUGACUAAUGCAUCGAAACCUGUUCCCAUGAAACUUUUUGCGGCUUGGGAAGUGGACAGGACGCCUUCCAACUGCAUUCCCAGGCUAUGCACACUACGGAUAACCCGGCUCCGAGUAUGCGGGGCGCUCGGCGAGACCGGCGGGGGCGCGGCCAGCGGCGCGGGCGCCGGUGCAGUGAUCCUAGCAGCUCGUAUGCACAGCUCUAAGCGGACGCUGCGCUCCAACGACAUCGCGGUCCCACCGCUUGAUGUCGAGCUCGACCUGUGCUUUUCUCUGCAGUACCCGCAUUUUGUUAAGAGGGAUGGUAACAGAUUGCAAAUAAUGCUGCAGCGCCGUAAGAAAUACAAGAACCGCACGAUACUGGGGUACAAGACAUUGGCUGAAGGUGUUAUAAGGAUGGACCAGGUGCUGCAACGCUCAAUGGACAUGGAGCUAGAACUCACAGGAGUCGGAGGCAAGGUCGGCGCUGCUGCAGGCCAGCCGGUCGCCAAGCUCACCAUCACCGGGCUAGCCUCCACCCCGGUAGACCAUGACACGAAGAACAACAAUACUUUGCUUAUUACUGAACGCGGCUAUUCAGAUGAGGAAGAAGAAGGCGAGUUCAGCUCAGUUGAAGAAGCAGACGAGAUGACGUACGGCGCUCCCGCCAGGCGGCGCGCGCAUCGACAACUCGCUUUCAACAAAACUGACCUCUCUUAUACCAAGUUGUCCCGUUCUCGCGACUUGAGCUUCAUGGAGCGCGAGCGAAAGAGACAGAGCUAUAUACACUCUAAGGCGAACGACAGGGACAGCGACAGUGAGCUAGAGAACGCGGCCGCGAAACGCAAAGGCAGCCGUGGCAAGCUCGCGCAACGCAACUUGAAGCAGAAGUUCGCGGCGUUGCUGCGGCGGUUCCGCGUGCCUGAAGAGCUGUCGGAGCGAGGCGCCGCGAGGGACACGCAUCACGCUCAACAUGACAUCGAUGAGUUGUUCCAGGAACUAGAAUCAUUAUCAUGCGGCGAGGGCGAAGACUCAGGUCCGGAUCAGAUGGACACCAUCAGCAUCGGGUCCACUCCCAAACCCUCGCUGCGACCUUUCUUCAGCAGCUCCCGAAGCCUCGCCAACCAGGAGCAUCACAGGCAUUCCAACGGCGAUGCAUGCGCAGUGGUGCGGCACGCGAGCGUCGCGUCCGGUGCUGAGCUGAGCGCGCUGAGGGAGCGUCACGUCGGAACUAUAACGCUCACAGAAUCCGAAGCGGUCCGAAGUUCUGCCGGCGACGAGCGAGCGAGCGACGGCAAUAGCGACGGGGACGCGACGAUCGACGCGCCGGUGUCGGGUGCCUCCGUGUCCAGCUCGCCCCCUAACGAGAUUAAGGUCAGGGAGGACAAGCGCUCCAGGCUAUUCCGCAGCGCCACCAGCGGCGGGAACUUAAUCCCGGGAGGUGGCGUGACGCGCAAGAAGAACUCUCUCGUGGUGGGAGCUGAAAGACCACUGUCGGCGCACGAGUUGCCUGCGCAGAGUCCUACUACCCUGGAGCCCCGUCGCACAUGGGCGGAGCAAGUCUCCCGCCUGGUCGGCACGGAAGGCGCGGAGUGCAUCGCGGUGUGCGGCGCGGGGUCGGGGGCGGCGGGCGCGGCUCUGCACGCGCUAGCCGUGCCCGCUCUGCACGCGCCGCACGCCGCGCCCGACCCGCGGCCGCUGCUGCACGCGCUAUACUCCCGGGCUAAGCAGACGUCUCGUCGCUCGUGCAUCCGCGUGGCGAUGUGUGGCGGCGACGCGUGCGCGAGCGCGGCCGUGCGCGCGCACGCCGAGCUGGCCGCGCGCCGCCCGCACGACGCGCCCAGCGUGCGCUUCUAUAUCAUACCCAUCGGUCCAAGCGUAAUAGCGCGCCAUCUGUCGGCGUCGGACGGCGGUUACGCGUCGCUGUUCACGAGUGAAUCGUGGCCGAAUAUUUGCGAGCGAGCGGCUGAUGGGUCUGCCCCUGAUGUCGCUGAGAUGUCUUCGCGUAUCGGCAGGUAUCUGAACAGCACGGGUCCCGUGAACAACGUGCCGAUCGGCGAGGCGAUGGUCGCCUACAGAGAGAAGUCGGGCGAUGAGGACGCCAGCCAGACAUUUGUGCCCUUUAUUGCGGAAGUCCGCGUCGGCUGUAGCGAGGGCGGAGUUUCCUCCCUCGAGCUAGAAGAAGGCGGGUCUCCCCCCGCACGCGCUUCACCCCCGGCGACGCCCGCGCCGCACCUCACGGCGCCGCACCUCGCCGCGCAUGCGCCAGACCUCGCGCCGCCAUUACCCAUGCCGUUGCUAGCCAGGACCGAACCGCUUGAGUUGCAGUUGGACUAUUGGCUGGUGCCAGGUCGUCAGCCGGACGGCACGGACAGUAAGGUGACUGUGAAGGCAUCGUUCCGCGCGCUGCACGUGACACGGCAGAACGCGCAUCUCUGCAUCACCUACCUUACUAAAGAGAAGAAGCAGAAGAUAAUGCGGCUGGGCAAGAAGAAGGAGAAGACUUCGGAAGCGGAGGUGGGGCGCGCGCAGACCGUGGACGGCGUCGCCCGACUCAUCUGCUCCGCCAAGAGCUCGCACAACGUGCCGCUCAAAGUGUACAUUGACGGCACGGAACUGAACGGCGUGAAGUUCUUCCAGCUGUCGACACAAUGGCAGACACACGUGAAGACUUUCCCAGUAGCCACGUGCGGCGCCCCCCUCGCCCCCGCAGAGUCCUAGACUGUGAGCCACUGCUGCCAUCUAGCGUACAACACGCCUAGCUUAUGUACCUUGAGUUACUACCCCCCACCCCCUCCCUUAAUAUACCUAAAUACCCCCCCAAGCCUCCCCGCCAUAUUACAAAUUAACCAAGCUUAACUAUGGCCCAAUUCAAGCUACAUAAUAAAGGCGUUAGUCGUCAUAGUCAUUCAUUAAUUAGUUAUCGUAUUUAAUAUAAUAUAUUACGUAGUCGUUAUCCGUGUACUCAGUAUAUAUCGAGAAAUAAUGGUUCGUGACAUUUCCAAUAUGUGUAUGUUAUUUAGGUUAGUGCGGUGUAGCCGAAGUGUGGCUUUGCCCGAGUGAAUGUCUGAUGAUAAACUUUCAACGAAUAUAUGCUUAAAUUUUAGUCAACUUUUCGCCGAAUUCCGGUGUUGUGAGUCGGUUUGUGGUUUGACCGAACAGUCGGCGAAUAUUUCUAAGAGAAGCUCUUUUCGGCUGAAAUGUAAUCGAGUAUGAGUAGUAUAGUUACGUUAUUGGAACGAUUAUCGUCGGCACAUAUCAGCAUAGGUUCGAUUCGAGUGUUGUGCGCGAUUUUAUUUUUGAUCUGUGAUUCGUGAAUGCAGUUUUUUUUUUAAUAUCUUAAGGCAAUGGAAGCGCGUUGUUACAGUCAUAUUUUUGUGUAAUUUUUAUAUAAGUGCAGCUAACAGUGCGGUGUUUACAUUUAUAAUUUUGUACGUCAUAGAUGUUUUGAAUGAAAUGUAGAUUUUUACAUAACGAUAAACGUUUUUAAUUUUAAAAGAUAUUAUAGAGAUUACAACUGAUAUCUUCCUAAUGGAUGUCCUUGCGUACUUUAAUGAAGUCUUCGAUUCCCUUACUUUGUGAUCAAGCCAAAAUUUUUGAUAUUUUAGUCCCCGAAUGCUUAAAAUGAAAUUCGAAAUUAAUUCCGAGCCAAUUUGGAAAAUGAUUUUCUAUUUGGGCUAGUUUAAUUUUGUAGCGUUAAUCAGUAGAGGGCGUUAGUUACACCCAUCAGGCCAACGACUGUCUCAUGAUAUCAUAGAGUUAGUAAUAUAUUCUCAAACUUUACAUAUACUAUGUGUAUAACUUAGGUUUAGCUAUGUGUGGUAAUUCAGAUAAUAUGUGGCUGUGUGUACGUAUGUGAAGAGGACGCAAAAUAGUUUUGACGAAGUCUUACAUGGGAAUUUGGACUCUGUGUCUGCAUGUUACAAUCUAAAUUCCAUGGUGAGAUUUCGUCAAAUCUUUUUGAACGGGGGUGGUCGAUAUGGCUUCUCGUCUCGAUAUUCCAAUUUUAUCGAUGUUAGUUACGUUUUUAGAGAUGUCUAAAGUAAAAUAUCGACUUUUAAAUCAGUCGUUAAGCUAUUAUUAAAGCUGUUUGAAUAUCGAGUCAGAAGCCAUCGUGGUAACUGAGUAUUUCCAAAUAUUUUGGUCUUAGAUUACAUAAUUUAUCCUUUUAAUGUUUACAUAUCGAAGUCUUGCUAGGUACUUGUAUUCUAUAAUAGUAAUAAUUAAAUGUAGUCGUUAAAUCUAUUUAAUAAAGUAUUGCUUGCUAAUGAAGUUGUAAUGUGUACAAGCCAAAUGUUUGAUUGUGAAAUUAAAUUGGGGAACUGAAAAUCGGAUUCCCUAAUCAAAUCCCGAAUAAAAUCAUUGUUCAUUAAAUCCUUUCUUCUUGGGCUUAUCCAUCGGGUAAAACAUAGUCGAGCAUUUUCACAGUGCGCUUUUUAAAGUUAAGUAAAAGCAAAUUGCCAAAAUAAUUUAUAAUCUGUAGGCUAUAAUUCUUAUCUCGUGUUCUUACGAGCUUGUGGUCAAAAAUCUGACCAAGGAGGUCGCUGUAGAGGCUUUUUAUCCUACCCUUAAAAUCUAUCGAUCUAAGGUCAAAUUAUUUGGAAGCUUACGUUACACAAGUUGGAAAGUUUAGGGAUGUACCCCACAAAAUGUGACAAUAGUAUGCGUAUUAUUGUAUGUACGCUUUUUCAGAGUAAUAACACUUUUUUUAAUAUACGCUCCUAGUGUAAGUCGUGUUAUUAUAGAAUUAGGCCUGUUAACCAUUUUAAAUCUAACUGUAUCUUAUAUUCGAUUUAAUAUUAUCUUGUUCUGGUGUGGUACAGGUUUUUACAGUCUUUGAUUGAAAAGAGAUACAGUAUCGAUAUCUUUUUAUCGAUAUUGUGACUACCUUAUUCUUGGGAGGCAAUACGUGAUAUUGGCAUGCUCUGCUUACAAAUAAAAAGGGUAGUAUUUAAACGCAAAUCAAAAAAUAUCAUUUUUCUAUGCAAUAAGAUUCCGAAUUCCCAUCAAAAUUACUGAUUGCACAGCAAAAUAUUCAACUCAAAAUAUCACUAAACACACUACAAUUUAUUUUCGCAGCGUACAGCGAUUUUUCCUAAAGCAAAAGCUUUUUCAUCAAUGCACAGCUAAUAAUCUUAAUGCACAUUAUACAUGUUAACUCUUUUUCUUUUAAAUAUAGCUUCUAUUUUUAUAUUAUUUACAGCAGUUUUUCUGAAUAAAACAGCUUUUUAUUAGUCACAGUCAUCUUAUUAUUUAUUAAUUACGGCAUAAUGAGAUCAGCAAAAAAAUAUAAAAUUAAAUACAAAAUUGUAAUUUAUUGAAUUAUUUAUAAGCGUUCACGCUUCCUUUUUUGCCCAAUAGGCAACAUUUUUAGCUUCUUGAGCUUACUUGAGUCGGAUCGCAAGUCCGAUGAUAUGCUUGCACAUACAUACUAUAGUUCUUAAAAAAAAUGGGGCUGGUGCAUUGUCAGUCAUUGUCAGUAUUUCCUUUUAGCAUACAUUUCAUAUAAGUAGUCAUUAAAAGGCUACUACUAUAAUAUCAUAUUUCAGAAUGUUUAUAGUCAGAAUCAUCUUUUGGCAUAGUUUUGGAAUUUUUAUUUUCCUGUAAGAAGCAUGCAAACAAGCCUGAAGCAUGCAAGCAGGCAUGCAGCAUGUAAGCAGGCAUGCAACAUGGAAGUAAGCAUGCAACAUGCAGCAAGCAUGGCUUCUGUCACGGCUCCGGCGCUGCGGGGCUCCGGCGGUCCCAUGCGAGCUUAUCGUCGCAGAUGAUUUUCACGCUCACCACCGCAGCUUCGGCUUACUGGCCGGCAGAGCCGGCCAGCCUCAACCGCGUCGGCGAGCGUUAAAACUACCUGCUCCUCAGCUCGCAGGCCGCCUCGCCCCUCCGCGCCUACGCGGUUUUGAAUUGCACUCUAGGGGUAGGCAAACAAGACUACGUGGAGUCGGUUUUGCAGCGAUUCGUUUUCGUUACUAGCUUCAAUUUUUAAUACAAUGUUUUUUAAUUGAACUCUGUCUUACUCGCUCGCGCCACUUUGCACUCCAGUGACGAAAAAGCGCGCGAAGCCGCGAACCUUUUCAGUUAAUUUGUUCUGGUUUUAGAAAUAAUGCAAUGUGACAGGAUUUUUUUGUUAUAAUAAUCAUUAAAUUGGCCGAGCAUGGCUUCUUGAAAAUUAAGACAAAUAUGAUGAAUAGGUUUUGUUGUACUUACUGGUUAAUAUGCGACUGGGAUAGUUAUUUUGCUAUGAAAUAUAGAAAAUUUGCUGUGCAGUCAGUAUUAAUGCUAUGUAUGUAGUAUUUUUGUACAAGACUAAAUUUAACUGUAUUGCAUUAUAAUAAAAAAAGCAAUGUCAUAUUGAUGUAUCAUUUCGAAUUAUCUGCAGUUUGAGUUUUGUUAAACAUUUAGUUUAUUUGUAGUGAAGUAAGUUAUUUGAUGUAAAAAAGAAUAUAAAUGAUGAGUAUUUAUUGAUAGGCGAUUAUUUAUUUGAUAUGCAAUUUAUAAUAUCCCAAAUAAAAAUAAGCCGUAAUUAUAGAAACUACUUUAAUAUUCUAGUAACUUCAGGCUUAUAGCAUUACUUGCCUCGUCAGGCCGCCAUUUUUAUAAAAGCUCAAGCCUAAUCAUGUCUUUGGAACUUUUAAUAAAGCGACUUUACCUUAAUUGAUUUCUCUAUUUAAUAAUAGUAAAGAAAAAAAUUACGAGUAUGUGCAUGUUAUAAGCAAGUUCACGUAGCAGAAAGGUGUCUGGAAGUGUCAUUUUGGGAUUUUUUCCGUAAAAACUUUGGACCACAUCAGAACAAGAUAGCAGUUGUAAAAUAGCGUCAAUAACAGUUUACUCUUAAUUAUACUCAGCGAUGUUAUUUUGGGCUAUUUGUCAAAAUGUUUUUACGUUUUUACACCUUAUAUUAUUUUGUCAAAGCUGUCAUCUAUAAAAAUGUAUCUUCAUAUAUUAUGAUGUACGUACUUAUAAAUAAAAACUAUAGGUAUUGUAAAACAUGAUCAACCCUUUUGAAUGUCGUUGGAUAAUUUGUUAACAUUAUUUAUUCUUAUGAAAUGUUAUUUUGUUUUUCAACAAGUCAGAAAAUAAAUGAAGAUGAUACGUUACAGGUGUUGCUUCCACAAAUGUAGAUCUAUGCUGUUCUCAUUGUUUAAAAAGACGUUUUGACAAAUAGACAAACAAAAUAUACCUGUGUAUCCAUAUCAAAUCGCUUGUAUGUUGUAAUAUCUAAAUAAAUUACAGAUUACACUUAUCGACAUUAAUAUUGGGUCGUAAAUCGACCCUUAUUUUUAAUAUUCCAUCAGAUAAGCGGUAAUCAUCUUAUAUGCAGUAGACAAUUUCAUAUUUAUCCGUAAUAAAUACGAUUAUAAUAAUAUUAGGAACUCUAUACUUUUUUCUGUUUAACUGUAUAAUAUUGUUUUACAAGGAGACCGUUAUGGCUAAUUAUUGUUUGAUCCUAAAAAUAGAGCUACUGACUGUCUUAUUUUAUGAAUUAUGAACGAAUAUAAAAUUCUUUUAUUUUUGCAGUGAUUAACAUGAUGAAAUUUUCUGUAUAUUAAUUUAUUCAUGUAUGCACUUAUCAUGAAUGAUGUAUCUUAUAUUAGUAAACUAAUUACAUACAAUUUCAUCAAUGCUAAUUCUGUAUUAUUACUAUGACAUUCAAAUUAAUUUCUUAUGUCGGCUAAACGCACCACAGUGUAGGAAUUAUAUACAUUUUUGGUGUAAAACCUCUUUUUUGAUGGUGAACUAUGAAAUGUAGGGCGUAUGUCUGUAUACAGAUCAUGGUUUACUUUGAAUACAAAGAGAAAUAAGAAAAAGAUCACUAAGCGAGUUUAAAAAUGAGCACUCAGUUAUUCUAAGCUUGUAUUCAAAGAAGCCAUGAUCUGACACCAAUACUUACUGAAGAAUAGUCUCAAGAAAGCUCAAAUAUUCCUACUUACAGCUUUUAACUUCUAUUUAAAGCUAUGAAGUUAACAUUUGAAGCUUUCUUUUACGCUAGCGGUACAAAAGGUAAACAACCAUGCAGGUCGCAAUACGUCUCCCUAGCUUUUUCGUUAAAGGCCUAGCCAAACGAAUCCAUAUAAUGACAUUAACUUUUAAAUAUUAAGUAUUAAUCAUUAUUAUGUUUUAAUUCAUUAUAUUUUAUUUUUAUAAAACGUGCAACUCUGAUUGCUAUUAUGUAUAAGUCAAGUGAGAGUAUUAAAUAUGAAUGAGAUUUUUAAAAUCCUUUUCUAGAAAGUCAACCUUAUCUGUAUGAAAAUAACAAUGAAAUAGGAUUGUAAAGCAUAACAGAGUUAGCACGUUUACGAUUUUUAAUGAUUAUAAAGUAUAUCAUAAGGGCGGGUAUCGGGCGUCGGCAUGUAACCAUGAAACGCCUAAUAUUAGUUUGAACAACUGUCAGCUAUUUGUCCCCGCCCUUCAAACUAUUAUUUUGAUCUCAUUACUGCUGACUGAAUGAUUCACUUGGCACACUUCUUUAUUACAAUGGAAUUAAAAUUUUAUUUAUAUUUUCCAAAUGAGCUUAAAAGCCACCAAUCGUCAUCGACGUAUAUAAUGUAUUAUUUGUAAAUUAAUCAUCACAAAUUUUUGUCCAUUUGCAAUGGCCAAACAAACUUAUAAUUAGUGCUAUGGAAAGUUCAUUUAAGUUGAAUAAAUUAGUACAAAAAUAUCUUACAUUUUAUGUUUCAUUAACAAUAAUUAACUAUUUAAUUAAAUUCAAUGCAUUCUUCGCGAAAAUGCAAAUAGACUGUGCAAUAAUGUGAAUGUCUCUUGAGAAUUUAAUUUUGAUUUAUUUUGACUUGUAAGUCAAUAAAAAUAUGAUUUCAUUACGAUAUGUUUAAGUAAUGUGAUGAGAUUUAUUAUUUUAUCAUAAUUUGCAAGUAUAAUUUGUAUUUAUUGUACAAAUAAACAUUUUGCAUUAAAAACAAA